AUGCACUUCUUCCGUCCCCUUGUCUUCUGUGUCGUGGCCAGCUUGGCCGGUGUAGUCACGACGGCCCCCUUGAGCAAAGGCCUCAAACCCGACGAUCUCGCCAAUGAAAUCAUGUACGAGGCUCAUUCCGCGGCCAACUCUGCGUCGAAGGCCCCGGCCAUCUCCACGGCGGCCUACGGUCUCUCCGCCUCGGCCAUCUCUGUCCCCGUCGAAGUCACCGCCGUCGCCACUCCCUCCGCCGCCGCUCCCGUGGCCCCGCCUGUUUUUACCAUUCUCACCAAGGUUGUCACCGCCGGCGGCGUCGCCUCCGCCGCCUACCCUACCUCCACCUCCACCGCCUCGCCGGCCGCGGCCCCGGCCAACAUGGUCCCUUCCCAGGAGUCGGUCUCGGGUAUGAACCCCUUUACCAACCCUUUCUGGGAGUCUUGGAACGCCGAGUGGAACCGUCAAAAGGAGGCGGCGGAGGCAGCGGCAGCCGCCGACAAGACCAAAGCACCAGUGGUGGAAGGCGAAGCAGCAGCUGUCGCCGCAACCACGGCGGCGACAGCGGCAGGACAGAAAGGCAAGGAUUUAUCGCCAGAAGAACAGAUAGCCGAAGAUCGUCGAAAGCAAGAGGAAGAAAUCAAGAAAAAGUUAAAGAGCGAAGAGGAGAAGCAAAAGUAUCAAGAGUCCAACUUUGACGUCUACGAAAACCUCAUGCCGGGUUGCCCCCCCAAGUACAUAGGGAACGGGAUCGAGGUCUCGGUGUGGAUGUAUUGUUUCUUCGGGCAUGAGAUGUAUCAUGGUGGGGAUCACUGGUAUUGA